CCUGCCCGCCGCCCGCCGCCCGCCCGCCGCCUGCCCGCCGGGGCGCCGCGCCCGAGCCAUGACCCUCCGCCGGCUCAGGAAGCUGCAGCAGAAGGAGGAGGCGGCGGCCGGGCCGGACCCCGGCGCGCGGACCCCCGACGCGGGGCCCCCCGCCGCAGCCGCCCGGCCCGGCGCCCCGCCGGGGGACGAGCUGUACGCGGCGCUGGAGGACUGCCACCCGGCCGAGCUGUACCGCGCGCUGGCCGUGUCGGGGGGCACGCUGCCCCGCCGGAAGGGCUCGGGGUUCCGCUGGAAGAAUCUCAGUCAGAGUCCCGAACAGCAGAGGAAAGUGCUGACUCUGGAGAAGCAGGAGAACCAGACGUUCGGCUUUGAGAUCCAGACGUAUGGCCUUCAUCACCGGGAGGAGCAGCGCGUGGAGAUGGUGACGUUUGUGUGCCGAGUUCACGAGGCCAGCCCUGCCCAGCUGGCGGGGCUCACACCAGGGGACACCAUCGCCAGCGUCAACGGCCUGAACGUGGAAGGCCUCCGGCACCGAGAGAUCGUCGACAUCAUCAAGGCGUCUGGCAACGUACUCAGGCUGGAAACCCUGUACGGCACGUCCAUUCGGAAGGCAGAGCUGGAGGCCCGGCUGCAGUACCUAAAGCAAACGCUAUACGAGAAGUGGGGGGAGUACCGGUCACUGAUGGUGCAGGAGCAGCGGCUGGUGCAUGGCCUGGUGGUGAAGGACCCGAGCAUCUACGACACGCUGGAGUCCGUGCGCUCCUGCCUCUACGGCGCGGGGCUGCUGCCCGGCUCGCUGCCCUUCGGGCCCCUGCUGGCCGCCCCCGGGGGUCCCCGCGCGGGCGCGCGCCGCCCCGGGGGCGACCCCGACGACGCCGUCUACCACACGUGCUUCUUCCGGGGCGCCGAGCCCCCCGCGCUGCCGCCGCUGCCGCCCCCCGCGCGCGCGCCCGGCCCCGCCGAGCCCCGCGGCCCCGCGCCCGCGCCCCGCGCGCUGCUGAGCCGCAGCGCCAGCGUGCGGUGCCCGGGCCCCGGCGGCGGCGUGCCCGGCGCGCUCUGGACUGACGCCCGCGAGCAGGCGCUGUGCGGGGCCGGCCUGCGCAAGACCAAGUACCGCAGCUUCCGCCGGCGGCUGCUCAAGUUCAUCCCCGGACUCAACCGCUCCCUGGAGGAGGAGGAGAGCCAGCUGUAGGCGCGGGGCGGGCGCGGGGACGUAUUUAUUUAUUUAUUGGUUCCAGCCAGGGCGAGGGGGGGCCGGGCCAAGGGGACCUCAGGAGCCCCUCGCAGCGGGAGAGGGUCCUGGCCAGCCCCGGCCGCGAACCCAGACCCCAGGCGCCUUUCCAACGCCCCGACAGCCGGCGGGGCUGCGGAGAACUGGACAACUCGGGCCUGGCAGAGGUUCUGGAGCCAAAAAUGGGGCGCGCCACCCCACAUCGGGGUCAGUAGUGCCUUGUGGGGUCUCCAGGCAAACCCCCGUUCUGCGGGGACCCGAUCCCACGAAGCCCUCUCUGCAGCUUUACUUGCUCCUGACCCUUGGCCUUGGGGAAAAAGGCCGGUGGUCGGUCUUCCCCGCGCCCCCCAAAUGUGGUUCCAGUUCAUUAGCAGGCCCCGCGGGGGACUAGGGUGCUGGCCUCUCUCCCCGCCGGCCUGGACCCCUAAGGGCUUCGCCCCCUUUCCGGGGGCCUGUAACUAAGUGGGGUCCUCCCAGGCAGGGGUCCUGGCUGGCGGCCGGGUGUGUGGGGCCGCCAGACUGUUCCACCCUUUGUGUUGCUUCUGAACCUCAGACUGUAUUAAAUGGACGGAUUUUUGCA